AUGGUCCUCAUCGAUAAGCACGAGUACGAAUCCAAGGAGGAGAAACGCCUUAAGGAGGACCGUGAGCACACCCGCUACUGGAAGAGAUGGGGUCCAUACGUCGCGGAGAGACAAUGGGCUACUGUCCGCGAGGAUUAUUCAGAAAAUGGAGAUGCCUGGAGCUACUUCUCUCAUGACCAUGCGCGGUCGAGGACCUAUCGUUGGGGUGAGGAUGGAAUUGCUGGUGUAUCGGAUACCCACAAUUUGCAGAAUAUUGCAUUUGCUUUUUGGAACGAGAAGGAUGAUUUCCUGAAGGAGCGUCUAUUUGGAUUAUCGAAUCCGCAGGGCAACCAUGGUGAAAGCAUCAAGGAAGCUCAUUUCCAUGUUGAUAACACCCCGACGCAUUCCUACAUGAAGUAUCUCUACAAGUAUCCGCAGAACAAAUUCCCUUACAAGGAGCUUGUGGAUGAGAACGCCAAACGCGGGAAGCAAGACCGCGAGUAUCAGAUCCUCGAUACCGGAAUCUUUAAUGACAACCGAUACUGGGAUAUCUUCAUUGAAACGGCGAAAGAAGAGGAUGACGAAGAGGAGCUCAUAUUUCGCGUCAUCGCCUACAACCGGGGGCCAGAACCGGCCCCAUUGCACAUCAUUCCUCAGGUCUGGUUCCGUAAUACCUGGGCCUGGGGCUAUGAGGAUCAGAAAGUGAAGCCGUCAGUCGAAAAGGUUCAUGACCUGGUCGCUAAAACCACCCACAAGAAGCUGGGGGAGCGUUACGUACGGUUCGCUCCUUCUCCACCCGUUGGAGACAGCCAGGAGGAGGAUGUCUUUCCCCAGAUGCUAUUCACUGAGAAUGAAACAAACAACGAGUUUCUCUGGAAGACCAAGAACAGCCAGCCUUACGUGAAAGAUGCCUUCCAUCGCCUGAUUGUUGACGGGGAAGAGGGCUCGGUAAAUCCCGAGAACAAGGGCACCAAGCUUGCGGCCUGGUACGCCUUUAAUGAAGGCGAGGGGAUCCCUCCUGGGCAAUGUGCUGUCGUGCGAUUCAGAUUGUCUCGAAAGAUGGAGACAUACUUCGAUGAAGAGUACCUGGACAAUGUCAUUGACCAACGCAUUGCCGAAGCAGACGACUUCUACUACCACAUUAGCCCACUUCCCAUGAGCGAUGAUCUACGCAAUAUCCAGCGCCAGGCCUUUUCCGGUAUGCUGUGGAAUAAGCAAUUUUAUCAUUUCGUGUGGGAUCAGUGGUCCAACGGUGACCCUGGUCUGAUCCCACCACCUCCGGGUAGGAAGCACGUUCGUAACCAACAGUGGAAACACUUGUAUAUGGACGACAUCCUCUCGAUGCCCGAUUCUUGGGAAUACCCAUUUUUCUGCGCGUGGGAUACGGCUUUCCAUUGCAUCCCGCUGGCGAUGAUUGAUCCUGACUUUGCGAAGAGACAACUGGACGUCCUUACUCGAGAAUGGUACAUGCAUCCCAACGGGCAGCUUUCAGCCUACGAAUGGAACUUUGGCGAUGUGAACCCCCCGGUCCACGCGUGGGCCACGUUCAGGACAUUCAAACUGGAGCGGAAGAUGUAUGGCCGACAGGAUCUCGACUUUCUCGAACGGGUCUUCCAAAAACUAUUGCUCAAUUUCACCUGGUGGGUCAACCGUAAGGAUUCCGAGGGUAAAAAUGUCUUCGAAGGUGGCUUUCUAGGUCUGGACAAUAUCGGCCUUUUCAAUCGAUCUGAGCCUCUCCCAACUGGAGGCGUCUUAGAGCAGGCUGAUAGCACGGGUUGGAUGGCCUUCUAUUGCUUAGGCAUGUUGAAUAUUGCCCUUGAACUUGCUAAGCACCGACGGAUCUAUGAAGACAUUGCGUCAAAGUUCUUCGAGCACUUUAUUCUGAUUAGCGAUGCCAUGACAUUUAAGUCAGGGGGGCAGGAGACCUCUUUGUGGAACGAAGACGAUGGAUUUUACUACGAUGCCAUCUCUUAUGGUGAUCCUUGGACGCAGCAGCUUCCUGUUCGAUCCCUUGUCGGUCUGAUUCCACUGUACGCGGUUCUUACGCUCGAACCCGAACUGAUUAAUAAAUUCCCCUCUUUCAAGAAGCGUUUGGAGUGGUUUGUUGAGAACAGGCAGGAUGUGGCAGAGCGCAAUAUCGCCAGCAUGAAGCACCGUGGUAAGGACGAACGGCUUCUUCUGGCCUUGGUGAGUAAGAGCCGACUGGAGAAGAUUCUGAAAAGGAUGCUUGAUGAGACAGAAUUCUUAUCAGAGCACGGCAUCCGGUCCAUGUCCAAGUAUCACGAGGAACACCCAUACUCUAUGGAGGUCAACGGCCAGAUGUUCCGGGUCGGCUACGUGGCAGGCGAGUCUGACAGUGCUCUCUUUGGUGGUAACAGCAACUGGCGCGGGCCGGUCUGGUUGUGUGUCAAUUUCCUGCUCAUUGAGUCCCUGCUCCGGUUCUACAUGUUCUACGGCGACUCGUUCAAGGUCGAAUGUCCCACGGGCUCUGGAGAGUAUAUGCACCUCGGCCAUGUUGCAGAAGAGAUCCAGCAUCGGCUACAGCAUCUGUUUGCGCGCAACGAUGAGGGGCGUCGCGCAGUCUACAACGGAGACGAUCUUCUCGACUAUGACGAGCAUUGGAAAGACUACAUGUGGUUCCACGAGUACUUCGAUGGAGAUACUGGUCGAGGCCUUGGAGCGUCUCACCAGUGUGGAUGGACCGGGUUGAUCGCCAAGAUCAUCCACGAUACAGGAAUCAACUGUCGAAUCCCACAGACCCCUCGUACACCCCGCGCCGCAGCAUCGCAUUACUUCGACGACAUAUUCUCGCGGUCUGUACGGUCACGCGGCGGCAGCCGUCCACCCAGUGUGCGCCGUUCGUCAACUAGCCGGUCCAUCGGCAACCGCAGUGACUUCGAGUCCGCUUUCACAGGCCGUGACACCCCGGGACCCGAGUCGGCUCUCGAUGACGAGGAGAAACUGGGCGAGUCAGGCCUGGGAGACGAAGACGACGACCAUGUCGCACAGUUUGUGGGGCGCGAGUUGCAGCGCGUCCGCAGUCAGGUAUCGAUGGGAGCGUAUGAGGACGAAUUUGAAACGCAGGCUGAUCGGAUUCCAAAUGGACAUUAA